AUGGCGUCACGGCAGCUCAUUCAACAACCUACGGUCCGAACUCGCGCAUUAGGCUCGGCGCGCGGCGCCCCGCAGGCAGCAGGCAGGCAGGCAGGCAGCGGCGGGCCGCGGGGCUGGCGCUUACUUACCACGUGGGCGUGGGCGUCGGGUGUGCUUCUUCUCCAUCGGGCGGCCGGCCUCCGCCGCCACGUGAGCGCCCGCCGGCGCCCGGGGGCGCACGCGCGAGCGGCGCUCUCCCACGUGAUGCUGUCAGCUCGCUGCCGCGCCGCGCGCGCGAGUUCCGGCGAGCCACGCCACCCUCGCGCGUCGCCGUUCUCCUUUCUUCGCCGCGCGCGCGUCGCCGCAAACGCCCCUCGCUGCACGGCCCGCAUUGCGUGCGGGCGAAGCGCGCGCGUGCGGCGCGGCGCGGCGGGCGGCCUGGGGCUGGCUCCGCGCCGCUCUCCGCCGCGCCGCCCCGCGCGAGCCGCGCCUGGCGCGCGGCCCGCGCGUCAUUCCGAUCAUUGGAAUGACGGCGAGGGCGUCGUUCGCGCCGGCGCCGCCGGCCGCCGCGCGGCCGGCCUAGACGCGCGGACCCGAAUUCUGACCACUGCUCGCCUCCAGAACGGAGAUUCAGACGCCGCGCUAGCUCACCCCUGCCCUUUUUCCUCCCUCGCACCCCUUCGGCGUCGGUCAUCUGGCGGCGCGGCGCCGCGCGGCGUCUCUCCCUCCCUUUACUUCCCCUUACGUGCCCCUCGCGCCCCCUCCACGACCGCCCUCCGUACGGCGCUGCUUCCCCUUGCUUUCACUUCCCCCCUCCAGAAACUUGUCUCGGAGGGUUUUUCUCCCCUUGAGGAAAGGGAGGGAGAAAGAGAGGGCGUCGUGGAGAAAACGACGCCGAAACGCCGGCGCACAAAGUCGGAUGGUAGACGCGGAGGGGGCAGGAGAAAAGAUUUUAGAAUAGGAAGGGUUUGGAAUGGAAAGAGAGGGUUUCCUCUUCCUUCAUCAGUUCGUGUGUCGCGGGCGGAGACUCGGGCGUCUAGUAAGGGAGGAAGGGUUCUCCUUGGAAGGCGCUCGCUCGCUGCGCCGUCUCUUCCGCAAAAGGAAUUGACGGAGUUUGUUAUAAGCCGUAUCAGUUGGCUGCUCGCCCCCGAACGCGACGCAUCACUCGGCGACGCCGCCUCUGCAUGUGCGUGCUCGGCCCGUGUGGCUUCUAGUCUGCGCGCCCUUAUCGUAGCGUUGCCGGAUACUACUGCGACUGGAUGCGUCUUCCUGCGUUCGCGUUUAGUGGCAGUUCGAGUCGCUGCACGGUCAGUCUUCAAGAUGGAUCCAGAUUUCUGGCAACAGGCGCGCGGGCCGCCAACGUUACCGCCCGCGCCCAACUUAGGCCAGCAAUCGGCGGCGGCAGCGGCGGCGGCGGCCGCGGCCGCGGCUGCCGCAGCCGGAGCGGCCUCUGGGAGCCAGCAGGGCCCCGGGCCGGGCCAGCAAGGCCCCGGCCCCGGCCAGCAGGCCCAGCAGAGUCCCAUGGGCGGGCAGCAAGGCGCGGGCAACGGCCAGCCCGGCCCCAUGCCCGACAGCCCCAACCACAACAAUGCCAACAACAACAACGGAGGCAACCAGCCGCCACCCGGCCACGUCACGCCGCCGGAUACUAAGAUGAUGACGGAGAAGCUAGUCAACGAAUUACAGCUCCGCAUGUGCAUGGUAGGCGGCGCGGUCCUUGGCCUGCACGGUGUCACGUUGCCUGACACUCCGUGGCGAUCGGCGCACAGCACGGCGUGCGUUGCCGCGGACAUCACUUUGUACGCGAAGCAUGGCGCUCUCCGCCACUUGACAACACCACCUACCUGUGCCGUCGAACACUCCACACACUUAUACACACUACUCCACCGUCUUAGUUGUCGCCUCACUCGCGCACUACACGUUCUGUUCCGCAGCGAUCUUCAUCUCACGCGCUCUCAAUCACGUGUGGUCGGAAGUGCCUGCUGCUUUCCCCGACCAUCCACUAGCCGGCGGGGAGCUUCCGUUGUAAGCGGUAGUAGUAGCCUUUCGUUAUGA